AUGGUCUGUGUGCUAUCUGCAAAGCUAAAAGAGAACAAGAAAAACUGGUUCGGCCCCAGUCCUUAUGUGGAAGUGACAGUCGACGGCCAGUCCAAGAAAACUGAGAAAUGCAACAACACCCACAGCCCCAAAUGGAAGCAGCCGCUCACUGUGAUUGUGACUCCGUUCAGCAAACUGGUGUUCCGUGUGUGGAGCCACCAGACUCUGAAGUCCGACGUGUUGCUGGGCAUGGCCACACUGAACGUCAGUGACACGCUCAAGUCUAACGAAAUGAAAAUUUCUGAGGUGGUGCAGACCUUACAGCUGUGUACAGACAGAGACCAGUCCGAUGUGGUGGGAGACCUCUCCGUCUGCCUGGACGGAAUGACUGUCGACCCCGAGAUGUUCGCCACGGCAGAGGCCGACCAUCACAGUACAUCAAACGGGGAUUCCCAACCCAAUGGGGAUCAUGUCACAAGGCGGAGUCGAGACAGCUCCCCUGCUGUGAGCGUGGACGGUGUCGAGCACAGGUCUUCUCCCAGCGGACGGAGGUCGGUGCACAGCGCGGGGUCUCCCUCUGUGUCCUCAGGGGGCUCGAGGCCUCUACGACCCCCCCGGCCCUCCAGACCUCCUCCUCCAACCCCGCGCAGACCCGCCUCUUCACCAGCAUCUUCUAGUAAUGGCUCUGCAACAGCUGACGGCAGUGACGGUCAGUCGGGUUCUGACACACCGGUUCGAACCCCGGCUUCAGGACCUUCACCGCCCCCAGGACCCUCACCUACCCCAGGACCCUCACCUGCCCCAGGACCCUCACCGGCCCCUGGAUCGAGUCCAUCGGUGGGCUCGGAGAGAAACUCUACAGCGGCCCCCAGCUCCGGGGCUGCGGCCCCCAGACAGCCGGCCAGCAGCGUCACCCCUGCUGUCACUCCAAGUGUCCCCGCUGUCAGCACCGGGCCCCUGCCCCCAGGGUGGGAGCAGAGGGUGGAUCAGAACGGCAGGGUGUAUUUUGUCGAUCACGUGGAAAAGAGAACGGCGUGGGAACGCCCUGAACCACUGCCCCCUGGCUGGGAGCGUCGUGUCGACCAGAUGGGGCGGGUCUACUUUGUCGAUCACAUGACCCGGACCACCACGUGGCAGCGGCCCACCAUGGAGACCGUGCGUAACUAUGAGCAGUGGCAGCACCAGCGCAGCCAGCUGCAGGGGGCCAUGCAGCAGUUCAACCAGAGGUUCAUAUUCGGGCUACAAGAGCAGGUCUCAGCCACUCAAAAUAAGGAGUUUGAUCCUCUCGGGCCUUUGCCACACGGAUGGGAGAAGAGAACAGACUCCACUGGCAGAGUUUAUUUUGUACAUCACCCUACGCGAGCAACACAGUGGGAGGACCCACGAACACAGGGUUUGCUGAAUGACAAGCCUCUCCCUGAGGGCUGGGAGAUGAGGUUCACUGUAGACGGUAUUCCCUACUUCGUGGACCACAACAGGAGAGCGACCACGUACAUCGACCCUCGCACUGGAAAGUCCUCACUUGAAAACGGACCUCAGAUCACCUACGUUCGGGACUUUAAAGCCAAAGUACAGUACUUCAGAUUCUGGUGCCAGCAACUGUCAAUGCCUCAACACAUCAAGAUCAGCGUAACCAGGAAAACCCUGUUUGAGGACUCCUUCCAGCAGAUUAUGAGCUUCAACGCUCAAGAUCUGCGAAGGAGACUUUGGAUCAUCUUCCCUGGAGAAGAAGGCCUUGACUACGGAGGCGUUGCCAGGGAGUGGUUCUUCCUGUUGUCCCAUGAAGUUUUGAACCCCAUGUACUGCCUGUUUGAAUAUGCCGGCAAAGAUAACUACUGUCUCCAGAUUAACCCCGCCUCCUACAUCAACCCUGACCACCUCAAGUAUUUCAAGUUCAUCGGACGCUUCAUUGCCAUGGCUCUUUUCCACGGCAAAUUCAUCGACACUGGUUUCUCACUGCCAUUCUACAAGCGCAUGCUCAACAAGCCCCUGGCCCUCAAAGACCUGGAGUCGAUCGACCCGGAGUUUUACAACUCGCUCAUGUGGAUCAAGGAUAACAACAUCGAGGAGUGCGGGCUGGAGAUGUUCUUCUCCGUGGACAAAGAGAUCCUGGGGGAAGUCUCCACCCAUGAGCUGAAGCCAGACGGAGGAGAGCUCCAGGUGACGGAGGAGAACAAGGAGGAGUACAUCAGGUGGAUAACAGAGUGGAGGCUGUCCCGAGGGGUGGAGGAGCAGACUCAGGCUUUCUUUGAAGGCUUCAAUGAGGUCCUCCCUCAGCAGUACCUGCAGUACUUCGAUGCUAAAGAGCUCGAGGUGAUGCUGUGUGGUAUGCAGGAGAUCGACCUUGCAGACUGGCAGAGAAACACCAUCUACAGACACUACGCUCGCAGCAGCAAACAGAUCGUCUGGUUCUGGCAGUUCAUAAAGGAGGCGGACAACGAGAAGAGGAUGAGGCUGCUGCAGUUUGUCACAGGAACCUGUCGCCUGCCUGUAGGAGGCUUUGCCGACCUUAUGGGAAGCAAUGGUCCCCAGAAGUUCUGUAUCGAGAAGGUGGGAAAAGAAAACUGGCUUCCCAGAAGUCACACGUGCUUCAACAGACUGGACUUGCCGCCAUACAAGAGCUACGAGCAAAUGAAGGAGAAGCUGCUGUUUGCCAUCGAGGAGACGGAAGGCUUCGGACAGGAGUGAAAGGAAUCAGGAGGCGUUUGAUAGUGUGCAGGACUCUGAAGGAAAACAGUGUUCAAAUCAGGGAGCCCCUUCAGAAAAAGCGGGUGUUUUCAUUCUACUCAAGCAUGCACGCACACACUCGUUUGCUACUCCUUCGGGUGCGUGUGUGAGACCGUCGCCUGCAUGCUGUUGCUACGGAGCUGGGAUUAUGGUCUUCUCUGCUCGCGGCAGGCCUCUCGAUAAGUACCUGAAAAAUGUUGUAUUCUUCUGAACCUGAAGCUGCUCCCAUCUCUCAGGAUGUGCGGCAAAUUAUGCAUGGGAUCCUGAAAACGCACCCUCCAUGAAACCUGCAGGAUUUCCCCCGCCUCACAUCAUGAAAUGGCGAGCAAUGGGGGGGCAUCGUAGAAAUCUUAAAACCAGAAAGGGCACAGGUUCUUAAAGUAGAGUCUCGCAACGGUGACUUUGAUCGUGAUUUAAUUCUUAAAGUGUUUAUUUUAAGAUAAGAUUGAGAGGGUGUGCUUUUUCUUUAACAGUUGAAGGCACAAUGAGUAGGAUUUGUUCAAUUACAAUUUUUUUUAACACAUUUAGAGUCAGCUAAACGAGGGUGACGGUGCUCGCUAGCAGAUAAGAGCUAUCCCCAGAUUCAAUUUCGUUUUGGAAGGAAGUUUAUUCUGCACGUCGUUGACAUUUUCCUGGCACUAUGUCUGCGUUUUUUUCCUAAAUCAAUGCCUACAAUCUGGCACCUUGGUCGCUACAUUUGUAUGGUAGAAUUUGCCGACAAACGGACAAAUAAUGGCAAAAAUAAGAGAAAAUCCACAUCUCUGUUCCAGAUCCACACACUUCUGAAGUGAGGAUUGACAGGAUUAAUUGUUCUACAAUCUGUACAUUUUGGAAAAAUCGUACUCAUUGUGCCCUUUCACCAAAAAGCAGACGUUGUUGCCCUAAGAUUGUUUAUCGUGUCCACAUUUAAAAUGACGACAAACGGUGACUUUGAUCACAUCCUGAAAUCUCUCUCACUUUCACUCAUGACUUAAGUGAUUUUUUUUUGUGACCAUAUAAAAUGAUUGCUAUGUCGUUGUUUAUUUUUAAAGUGCCCCAAAUUAAUGCUUAAAUAACAGACAAUCUUGGUGCUGCAAAGAGAUUUUUGCAACAUGUCUAACACGCGUAACUAGAUCACUUUUUUUUGUGUUCUAUAGUAUUUGAUCUGUGAAUCGCUUAAUGAUUGUGAAAAGUGUUGGAGCCUCCAUUAUUUUAAAGUAGUGGGAAAUGUGGACAACAGAACUUAAACUGACCCUAGUUUUAUAGGGAAAGAGUUUGAACGCUGUGACGGGAAUGGGGAGUCUUGGAUUAUAGAGAAUUCUGGGAGUAUUUUAUAAGUUAUUCGUGUUAAAAUCAGCUUCAGAGGGUUAUUUUAAUUCACGGGGUGGGUUUGUUAAAGACAAGGUCCUGAAAAAUCUAGUGGGAAUGAAGUAUUUUAAAAUAUGUAUGAAGUACUUCAAUUAAUGUGUCAGAACUUUAAAUUAUUAUUUUUAGAAAGCAAGUGAAAACACCAAAUGCAAGUCAAACCAAAUCUUGUUUUUUCUUUUAGUUUAGAUCAAAUCUGAAGUGAUAUUUUGAAUGCUUUCUUUGCAAAACUCCACAAGAAAUUGCGAGAAAAAACAUAUGUAGCAUUUGAAGGAGAUUGAUGAACGUAUUGCCCAACAGCCUACCACAAAAUGAACAGGAACAAUUUAAUGACAUUCUUACAAAUUUUAAAUAAAACUCUGUCAAAAAGAUGCAUGAGGUAUUUUUAAAACUUCAGUUUUUCUUCCACACUUAACAUAUAAUUUACCUCUUAUUUACAGUAAAAAUCCAUCUGAUGUCAGUUUGCUUUUUCCGACCGAGAUACUGAUUUAUAAAUGUAUGUCUGAAACAAUUUUUAAAAUGGUGUGUUCAGGUAUUAAUUCUUACUGUGGUCUUUAUGGAUCUCAAUAACUAUCCAGUAAUAACAGAAGUGUGUGACGGAAAGACACCUCCAGAUGUGGAACGAAACUGCAAACAUCUGUUUGGUUAGGUUGACGUCACACAUUUAAUCAGUCACAGAGAUCCAGGGAGUGCUGUUGCUCAUUUAGAGUGAGUUAAAUACACUCUAAAUAGAAAGGUUAGGGCGGCACAAUUCAUCACAUUUUUAUUAAAAUCACAAUAUGGACUAGUGCAAUAUCCAAAUUGCAGUAAGCGCAAUAAUAUACAUUUCUGUUUAGGCAACAUAUUUGAAAAUAUUCUGAAUGAAGUGAAGCUGAAAAUAUAUCCCGGCCUUAACAGUAUUCUACAGACCUAUUAAUAAAAAUGAUUGUUCAGUAUGAUCCUCUUAAAGAAACCACACCAUCCUUGUAUCACGAGCUGUUGACCAAUCACAACCGAGCCAGCCAGCUAACCAGAGCAGAAAGGGCUCUGGUUUCAGACAGAGGGUGAAAAGAGGUGCUGCAGCACAGGCAGUAUGAGAAAACCUUUUUGAACAUUAAAGAAUUGAAACUUGUCCAGUAGAGUCACACUAUACACAUAUGGACCUGAAAUUAGCAUAAUAGGAGCCUUUUAGUGAUAAUCGUAAUACCAUUUUUAUAGUUCUUGCAAAUCAUAUCGAAAAUAUAAUUGCCAGUGGGUAUUUUUCCAAAUUGUGCAGCCCUAGCUUAGGUGGUGUUGGUGUGACAUAGCAGAGCACUUUAAAACUAAAUAUCCCUCCCUUUUCUUCUCAGUAUGUGAAUAAUCUAGUCCUGGGCUCUUUGUUUCAACUUGAUGGUGAGAUGGUGUUUGUCAUGAGCCUUCAGGUAGCCUUAUUUCCAUUCUCAGGCAUCAGAAAUCCUUUGU